AUGGCAGCCCAGUCGAAGCUGCACGUCCCUAUGGUGAGCCUGGCUCACCGCCGCUCUCGAGCGGCUGUGCUGCUGGUCAUCAUGGUACUGGCAAUGGGGCACAAACAGCUCGUUGCCUUGCUCAAGCGCAACCGGCAUCUCGCCCACUUGCGUCUGCAUCGCAAGCACGAAAACAAAUUGACCAUGGAACAGGGACUCGAGCAGAUGUACUACCCAACCAAGCGCAAAGAUGGUACGAUCCAGCUUCUAGUGCCGGACCGUGGUCUUCUUCGUAAGUCGUUUGUGACACCCACACCGCGUGAGGUGUACGAGAAGAACUAUGAGCAUUUCUCGCUGCCACCGCCUCUGACCAAGCAGGCCGCCAAGAAGCGUGCGAGUCUGCUGGGCCGCUUUGGUGGUCUGACUCCAGAGGCAGCAGAAAAAAUCCGCGAGGCCGAGGCUAGCCUUGUGCCUGAGGCAGGUGAGAGUGUCACAAGCGCCAGUGCGAUGCGUGUCGGUGUCGACCGUGAAUUCUUCCGCCAACUGCGUGCUCUGAUGCGCAUUCUGUUCCCGAGCUGGAAGACGAAGGAGAUGUUUAUCUUUGUGCUCAAUACCUUCUUCCUGGUGCUGCGUACGUACCUCAGUCUGCUAGUCGCGCGCCUGGACGGUUAUAUUGUCAAGUCGCUCAUUUCCGCGGACCGCACAGGCUUCUUCCGCGGUCUCGGUCUGUGGUUUGCAUUGGCUGUGCCGGCUACGUAUACCAAUGCGAUGAUUCGAUUCCUGCAAUCGAAGCUGUCCAUUGGCUUCCGUACUCGUCUGACGCGCUAUGUGCACGACCUGUAUCUGAACAAGCACCAGAACUUUUACAAGGUGAUGAACCUGGACAACCGUUUGGAGGCUGUGAGUCAAUAUAUUACACACGAUAUGGCACACUUCUGUGACGUGCUGUCGGAGCUCUACCAGAACAUUUCCAAGCCUCUCCUCGAUAUGACGAUCUUCAUGUGGCAGAUCGGUAACAGCGUUGGUAUGCGCGGUGUCUUGGGCGCCUUUGCUGGCUACAUUGCUUCGUCGUAUGCACUGCGAGCUGUCUCGCCACCCUUCGGCAAGCUCGCGGCGAUGGAGGCGAAGUUGGAGGGCAACUUCUACAAUGCUCACAGCCGUCUGAUUAUCAACGCAGAGGAAGUGGCGUUCUACAAUGGCGCACCGAUCGAAGAGGGUAUUCUGCGUCGCUCGUACCAGCAGCUCGUGCAGCACAUUCGCAAGAUUCUGCGUGCUCGCAUUGGCUACAACUCGAUGGAAGACUUUGUGUUGAAGUACUCGUGGUCGGCAUGUGGUUACAUUAUGAUGGCUGUACCUGCGUUUGCAGCACAGGAGAAGUCGGGCAGCACGGCGUCGAGUGACCCGUCCAUUGCCAAGCAGACGGAAGGCUACAUUUCGAACCGCCGUAUCCUGCUUUCGCUCGCCGAUGCAGGCAGCCGUCUCAUGUACAGCUACAAGGGUGUGGCGACAUUGGCUGGUCAGACCUCGCGUGUGUACUCCCUGAUUUCGUCGCUGCAUCUGCUUGAACACGAUGACUACCAGAAGGUACAGCGUCCUGCGGAUCUGCCUGCCAACGAGCCGUUCUAUGACUUGGGCGAUCUGAACGGCAAGGUAAUCGAGGGCCAAGAGCUGGUCAAGUUCACGGAUGCGCCGAUUGUCACGCCGGCGCCUGGUCAAGAGCGUGGUGGUGAUGUGCUAAUUAAGAACUUGAAUUUGACAGUGAAGCCGGGUGAUCACAUCCUCAUUACGGGUCCCAAUGGUGUGGGUAAGACGGCUGUAGCGCGUGUCCUGGCCGGUCUCUGGCCGCUCUUCGAAGGUGUGAUGGAGAAGCCGAGCACAAGCGAUAUGAUGUUCUUACCGCAGCGCCCCUACUUGAACACGGGCAGUCUGCGUGAGCAGAUUAUCUACCCGUACUCGUACCAGGAGCACGUCGAGGCAGGUCGUACCGAUGAGGAGCUCAUGGACAUUCUGCGCCAUGUCCACCUGGCGUACCUGCCUGACCGUGAAGGCGGCUGGACGACACGCAAGGAAUGGAAGGAUGUUCUUUCGGGCGGUGAGAAGCAGCGCAUGGGUAUGGCUCGUCUGUUCUACCACCUGCCGAAGUACGCCGUGUUGGAUGAGUGCACAUCGGCCGUGUCGACAGACGUGGAAGGAUUGAUGUACUCGCACGCGAAGGACCUGGGCAUUACACUGAUCACAAUUUCCCAUCGUCCCAGCUUGCUGAAGUACCACCAGCUGUUGCUCGACGUGAAGGGCGACAACUCGUACGAGAUCAUCAAUCUGGCCGAGGACACGGAAGAAGUCUCGCUUGAGCAGGAACUGGCGGAUCUGCGGGCGAAGGUCGCGGAUGUUGACAAGUGGAAGACACGUCUCGAUGAAAUUCACAAGGAACUGUCUUUUAGUCACUCGUAG